AUGAUGAAUGGUGGCCAAGACUUUGCAUCAACUCUUUCCCAACGUGACAAGUUUUUAUCGAGGCAUCACAAAAGGUACAAUUCCUCCAAGCAGGCGGGUGGCGAGGCAUCAUUCCGGGUGUUGUACUACGGCGCCGGCGCCGGCUCCGUGCCGUUCCUGUGGGAGUCUCAGCCCGGGACGCCUAAGCACAAGCUCAGCGACGGCCCUCUCCCGCCAUUGACUCCGCCACCGCAGUUCCAUUCGAGCCCUCUGGCUAGCCCUGGCUCGAAGAAGAAGCACCGUCGCAAGAUUUUCAAUAUAGUCUUAGCGACGACUCCUUGGAGGAAAUCCAGCGCUCCCACUUCCCCGCGAAAGCCGUCACCGUCGAAAGAGAGUGAGAGAGCUGGAUUAUGUUCGGUUCAUUUUGAUGUCGAGGAAGAUGAGUAUGAUGAGGCAGGAAGGGAUUCACCAACGUCAACGUUGUGUUUUCGUGGUGGUAGGACUAAUAGUGUCAAGAAAGUGGUGAAGUGCAUUGCUGGCCCUCGCAAUUUCUAA